AUGCUCCAACGCAGCCACAGUUGCACCAUGGUAGGCGCUACUGCUGCUACUGCUGCUACCGGUGCUGCUGCCGCUGUUGCUGCUACUCCUGCUGCUACUCCUGCUGCUGCUGCUGCUGCUGCUGCUGCUGCUGCUGCUGCUGCUGCUGCUGCUGCUGCUGCUGCUGCUGCUGCUGCUGCUGCUGCUGCUGCUGCUGCUGGUGCUGCCGCAGAUGCUGCUACAGCCAUAGAGGAUUCCACGUGGGAAGAAGACAGCGCCUUGAGUGUCGAGGUCACUCCUGCCAGUAGCCACACAUCUACCACUGGUGCCGGCGAGUGCGCCACUAUCGGUGCUGCCGCUUCUGCUGCUGCUGCUGCUUCUGCUUCUGCUUCUGCUGCUGCUGCUUCUGCUUCUGCUUCUGCUGCUGCUGCUUCUGGCGCCUCUGGGAAUGCUUCAGUAGCAGGUGGGAAGGGCUCAGCACCACAGAAGCAUGGUAUGGGAUUCAUGAGGAGCGUGUCAGGGGGGGUUGGUCGGCUCAACCAGUGGUUCCUGGGUGGACGCGCCCUCGCCUGUGCUACUGGGAAUGCUGCUGCUGCUGCUGCCGAGACCUGCUGA